AUGAUCACGGAAUCGGUUAUGGAAUUCCCCACUCUGCAGUUCGGAAUCGGAUGGAUCCUCAGGAGGGAACAGAAUAAAUCGGGAGAAAACUAUCAGGACAGUAUCGUCGUCGGCGGCGGCAACGGUGUACAACAGAAGGGUGAAGAAGCAUCACAAGCCGGAGACGAACCUUCAACUCGACAGGAUUCCAAUUCAUCCGACAACGGCGUCUCUCGUAACGACGGCGUCGCCGGAACUGGGGUCGAAGGGCCGGUCGUGGGCUCGUCGCGCGACAUGGAUUCGGAAGUGAGCAGUAGUAUUGGCACGCCGUUCAGAGCAAGACGGCCAGGGCCUCUCGACACGUCUACAAUCGGCACGUCGACACCAUCGCACAUGAGCCAGUCCGAAGCCAAGACGCCCACGACCUCGACGACGGCGCCCUUGACACCUGUCGACAAAGGCGGUAGAGAUGGUGCCGAUAAGAGCGGGACAGCUGCCGGUGCAGCGGGUAGCCGGCCCGGCGAGAAGGAGAAACUCGGACAUCGGCGAAUCGACGACGAAGGCAAGGUCACCUUCAAGAAAAUCCACUCGUCCACUAUCAUCGAAUCCAUUCAGCUCGGCAUCGGUUACGCCGUGGGAAGUCUCGCUUCGAAGCCAGAGCGGGAUUUACUCAUGCAGGAUUUUGCGAUGGUGGACAACCUCGACUUCCCCAGAGAAGGGGGGACGGCGAGUCCGGCGCAUCAUCACGAUUCAUUCAAGUUCAAGGCUUACUCACCCGUAGCGUUCCGUUAUUUCCGAGAUCUCUUCCAGAUCCAACCUGGCGAUUUUCUGCUCUCGUUAUGCAACGAAGCAAUGCGUGAACUCAGCAAUCCAGGUGCGUCUGGUUCACUGUUCUAUGUGACGGCCGACGACGAAUUCAUCAUAAAGACUGUUGCGCACGUCGAGGCUGACUUCCUGCAGAGCCUGCUGCCGGGCUACUAUAUGAACCUCCACCAGAACCCACGGACGUUACUGCCGAAGUUCUUCGGUCUUUUCUGCUAUAUCGCCGGCAACAAAAACGUCCGUGUGAUUGUGAUGAACAACCUGUUGCCGUCGAGCGUGAGAAUGCAUCUCAAAUACGAUCUGAAAGGUUCCACGUAUAAGCGCAAGGCCAACAAGGCCGAACGCCAGAAGAAGUCCCCGACCUUCAAGGACCUCGAUUUCAUGGAGCAUCAUCCCGAAGGGAUUCUUCUCGACGCGCAAACCUACGACGCACUCAUCAACACCAUCCAGAGAGAUUGUCGCGUACUGGAAAGCUUCAAGAUCAUGGACUACUCUCUCUUGCUGGGAAUCCACAACAUCGAUCAAGCGGCACGAGAAGCCGAAGCUGCGGACACGGCGGUUGACGCAGCUACGCUUGGUGCGUCUACAGGAGGUGCCAACAUUCCCCGAUCGAAAUCGAUGAACCGGGGUCGGUUGGCAGCGUUUUCAACCGCCAUCGAAUCGAUUGAUCACGACGAAAAUUCUCCGCCUGGCGGGAUCCCCGCCGUAAACUCGAAGGGCGAGCGGCUUCUGCUGUUCAUAGGCAUCAUAGACAUAUUGCAAUCGUAUCGUUUGCGAAAGAGACUCGAGCAUUCGUGGAAAGCCCUUCUGCACGACGGGGACACCGUGUCGGUACACAGGCCAGGAUUCUACGCUAAGCGUUUCCAGGACUUCAUGAGUCAGAAAGUGUUCAAGCGAAUGGCGUCGCCACUCAAACACACGCCGUCGAAGAAAAACCCCAAGCUCGUUACUGUGGUUCGCAGGGUGAUGCAGGAAAAGCACGAUGUCCACCCGACAUCUGCGGACGGAAAUCUGCUGACACAGCAACAGAAGGGUAUGAUGGCGCCGCCAUCGACACCAGUGCCUCCAGCAUCUUCGAGCGGCUACGAGAACGCUUCGUCGAACAACGACGAUGACGAUGAUCGGGGCGUCGAAGAUCUCGCUGACACCGACCGUGCGAACGCAGAAUACGACGCUGCGACAAGUACGGCGUCGACCGCGGAAACGAUACCAACGGCAACCGGUCGCACAACCGCCGCCGAAGACUUGCAAGACGCGUCGACGGUCGAAGACGCUCUGGACAGGAUAAGAUUGCAGAAUGUGAGUUCCGAGAGCUCGGAGAAUACGAAUGGCGGUACGCACACUUCCGUCUCCUCAAGCAGGGUCAUCGUUUCGAACACGACGGUGUCUGCGACGUCUAAAGAAAUGACGAAGAUGUGA